AUGCUGCGCGCGAAGAGUGACUAUGGCCCAGGGAAACAAAGACAGUCUACAGCCCCAUCUUUCGAGCAGAGAGACGGCGAGGAAGCUUCUAAGUUCAAGAUGCGCCACGGCUGGGAAGAUCAACUCAUGUCUCCGGAACAAGCGAAUCUGCUGUCCCAGACCUUUUACAUGUACUACACCGACAAGCGACAUGAGACCGCUGGCAAUCCAAAGGAUACUAAGCACGACUACCACGUCCAAGAAUGGCGCAUGAAGGAUCGUCUCAAGACCAUAUCAGCGCUCUUGACUGUCUGCCUGAACAUUGGUGUCGAUCCGCCUGAUGUCAUCAAGACAAAUCCGUGCGCGCGCAUGGAGUGCUGGGUUGAUCCCAUGGGUACCGAGGGUCCGCAAGGCUCCGGUGGUGCUAAUCCUCAAAUCGGGAAGAAUCUCCAGACGCAGUACGAGACGCUCAGUAUGCGUACUCGUUACAAACUUGUCAUGGACCCGAGUAUCGAGGAAAUGAAAAAGUACUGCACCACUCUACGUCGUAAUGCAAAAGACGAAAGAAUACUCUUUCACUACAAUGGACAUGGCGUGCCGAAGCCCACUGCUGCUGGCGAAAUCUGGGUCUUCAAUCGCUCCUUCACCCAGUAUAUUCCUAUAUCCUUGUACGACUUACAGAGCUGGCUCGGCGCACCCGGCCUGUUCGUCUACGAUUGUUCCGCCGCCGGUCUGAUCAUCAAAAAUUUCCAUCCCUGUAUCAAGAAGCACGAGACGGAUCAAGUAGAGGCCAGACGACGAGAUCCAACAGCACCUCUAAUAAAUUGGAGUGAUUGCAUACAUUUGGCUGCUUGCCGCGAAGACGAAUCCUUACCUACUAACCCUGACCUUCCUGCUGAUCUUUUCACAUCAUGUUUGACCACUCCUAUUGAGAUGGCUGUUCGCUUUUUCAUCCUCCAAAAUCCUCUGCCCGGAGGUCCCACGCUUUCCGAAGGCCGCAACAUCCCUGGCAAGAUCUCUGAACGCAGAACCCCGCUUGGUGAGCUAAACUGGAUCUUCACUGCCAUAACUGAUACAAUUGCCUGGAACUGCCUUCCCAAACCGCUUUUCAAGAAGUUGUUCAGACAAGACCUGAUGGUCGCUGCCUUGUUCCGUAAUUUCCUCUUGGCGCAAAGGAUCAUGCGAAAAUACCACUGCCAUCCUCAAUGCUAUCCCGAAAUCCCAGAGACUCACAAUCAUCCUCUGUGGCAGAGCUGGGACUAUGCAGUUGAGAUGAUUCUUGCCCAAUUACCUAGCUUGAUUCAGCAAGCAAAGGUGAACAAAGAGCUGGAGUAUCAACAUUCUGAGUUCUUUGCGCAUCAGCUGAGCGCUUUCGAAGUCUAUCUCAGUCAAGGCGCACUAGAGCAGAAGGUCCCGGAGCAACUUCCGAUCGUUUUGCAGGUGCUUCUCAGUCAAGUUCACCGUCUACGUGCUCUGAUCCUCUUGGGUAAAUUCCUCGAUCUCGGACCGUGGGCUGUCAACCUUGCUCUCAGUAUCGGCAUCUUUCCUUAUGUCUUGAAACUCCUCCAGUCCCAAGCGAUUGAGCUCAAACCUGUCAUGGUGUUCAUCUGGACUCGCAUCCUGGCUAUUGACCAAUCAUGUCAAUCGGACCUGCUCAAGGACAAUGGGUACGCUUACUUCAUAAACAUUAUAAGUCCGCAGACUGGUAUUCCUGUUGGCAAUAUGGCAGAACAUCGUGCCAUGUGCGCGUUCAUAAUCGCCAUGUUCUGUAAGGACUUCCGUCCAGGGCAGAAUGUUUGUCUGAGCACUAACCCGGAGCUCAUCGAAAGUCUGUUGAGCCAUCUGGUGGAUAUGGAGAAUCCUCUGCUUAGGCAACACUCGUGCCUGUGCAUCAGUAUGCUCUGGUACGACUUUCCCGAGGCAAAGUGGCAAGGCAUACGCUCUCAAGCGCAUAUGCGUCUAUGUGAUCUUGCCCUUGAUCCUGUACCUGAGGUCAGAACAGCUAUGUUACAUGCUCUGACAAGUUUCUUGGGUAUCCCAGAUGUGACCGACCAGAUCGCCUACAUCGAGGAGACUAUCGCCUCAAUCAUUCUUGCCAUGGCGAAUGAUAGUAGCGUGAUGGUCCGUAAAGAGCUGCUUGUCUUCCACUCCACUUUCAUCGCAAGAUACAAGAACAAAUUCAUCGUGGCAGCGUAUGAGCAAUUCACCGAGGAGCAUGCAGCGCAUCUUGCUCAAGAUGCCAGCAUCUAUCGCCCGACGACACCGUCAGAGGCAAACGGCUCAUAUGACAGCAAGCACGAUUUGUCUUCUGACUCGCACGACUCACUUGGCAGAGACUCUUCUGUCGAAUCUGCAACGUCCAGGAAUACAGUCUUUUCUGCAAUGUGGAAACAAGUCCUGAUCAUAUCGGCCGAUCCUCACCCCGAGAUCGCGAGAAAUGCAGGCAUUAUCCUAGAUAAUGUCCUUGGCGCCUUGUUUGACUCCCCGCUUGCUGUGUACGUCCAUCAAAUGCUGGACGAUAGGGCAGCAAGACCUAUUCCACACGCUCAAUUGGCGACCACUCUCCCUGAUGGACCAGCAAGACUACAGCAUUCCGAAGUUCCCCGAGCUCCUCCAUCUCCGACACCAUCCACAAAUUCGAAACAUGACGGUUACUUCUCUGUCUCUGCAGGCUUGAGACGUACAGCUAGCAUGGCCGCCUCCAUCAAGAAUUUGGCUUCCUUUGGUGCCACUAAGGCUGCCCAAGACACUUCGCAUACUCAAUCUCUGCGAGGCUCGGGAGCUGGUAGACGCUCACAAGUUCCAUCAGAUUGGAACCGGCCACCGGACGCAACAGAUCCUCAGCCAACUCGUGUGCGUGGUCAUCAGAUCGCAAAGUCACCGUCAGUGCCCAAUUUCGAGCCCAGAAACUUUGCUCAGCCUCCGACAAUUCCUUUGGCUUCUAACUUCUUCCAAUGGUCAGCUUCGUACUUCAGAGAACCUCAAAUGCGGCCAUCAGAAGCCGACGAGCCAGGCUCUCUUGACUACAAUGAGCGAUUAUGGAGGCGCAAUCGUAAUGAUAAGAUCAUAGCGUCGACCCAGCCACUUAAGGAAGUUGCUGGCACUGGUCGCUGGGAUGUUCCUGCGGGCGUACUUGCAACAAACAGUCCACCAAUGAGGAUGGUCUUCCACCAGUUCGAGGACCACCUUGUGAUUAGCGAUGACCAUGAUGGCAUUAGUGUGUGGGACUGGCAACGUGAGAGAAGACUGGCACGAUUUAGUGCAGGCAAUCCGCUCGGUAGCAAAAUCAGUGAUCUCCGAUUCAUCAACGAGGAUGACCAAGCGCUACUCAUGACUGGUAGCUCGGACGGAGUCAUCAAAGUCUUCCGAAACUACGAGAAUGAGAAGGAAGUGGAAUUGGUUGCCGCAUUUCGCGCCCUCACAGAUCUCGUACCGAGCACGCACAACGCUGGACUGGUGUUCGACUGGCAGCAAGGUCAAGGACGUGUUCUGGUUGCGGGUGAUCUUCGUGUCAUUCGUGUGUGGCAAGCCGGUACGGAACUCUGCACUGCAGACAUCCCUGCAAGAUCAGGAUCGUGUGUUACUAGCUUGACCUCGGAUCAAGUAGAAGGCAAUGUCUUCGUCGCAGGCUUUGGUGACGGCGCAAUUCGUGUCUACGAUCAGCGCAAUCGACCAGCAGAAAGCAUGGUACGUGUGUGGAAAGAACACAAGGGGUGGGUCGUAGGAUGUCAUUUGCAACGCGGUGGCAUGCGAGAGCUCAUCUCGGCAGAGCGUGGCGGUGCCGUCAGGCUCUGGGAUAUCCGUAUGGAUCGCAGUGUGGGUGUAGUCAAAGGCAAGGGCGAGGGCGGUGUUGGCACAUGUCGAACCCUGAGCGUGCAUGAGCAUGCACCUGUCUUUGCGACUGGAUCAUCUCACAACGCAGUCCGCGUCUUCUCAACUAACAACGUGACGGCGACGGCGGCCAACUCAACGCCGUUGUCAACCAUCGAACCGUUCAGCAACUUCCUGCAUACCAACGUGCUUUCGUCUCACAGGCCAACACCGAUCGCAUCGACGGCAUUCCAUCCGCAUAGGAUGAUGCUGGCGUGCUCCACGGUCAACGAUGGACAUGUCAGCCUGUUCAAAUGCGCCUCGAGAGAUGGCACGAUGUUGAGCGGACAGAACGGUACUGUCAAGGAAUGGGAGGCGUAA